AUGGAGAGCCCAAACGAGAUCACGAUGCCGUUGACUAUUUUCUACAAUGGAAGAGUUGCUUCCUGUGACGCCACAGAGCUUCAGGCCAGGACAAUUAUAUCUCUUGCAAGUAAAGAAACGGAAAAGAAAUCAAACAGUGGGCUUGAAUUUAGCCCAUAUCCUUUGCCGACGCCCAAUUCACCCAUUUCUAGCCCAACACUAAAAAGAUCACUUCAGAGGUUCCUUCAAAAGAGGAAAACGAGGGCCCAAUCAAUGUCUCCUUACACAAAUAUUAGGCAUAACACUGAAAAAUAG